AUGUAUAUAGAAGCAUCCAGACCAAGACAACCAGGUGAUAACGCAAAAUUGUCAAGUCCUCCACUGAAAUUCUUUGGGAAUAUGUGCCUUCAGUUCUAUUACCAUAUGUCUGGUGCAACUACUGGAAGCCUGAAUGUCACCGUAAGUGAGAACUUAGUGUUCUCUGCACGUGGUGGAAAAGGAGGCAUGUGGCGUAAAGCCAGCGUAAAUGUAUCAGCUAUCGAGGGAUUGCAUAGGGUAAGCCAUGCGUUUUUUUGGUGUCUCUUCUAACAACAACAAUAACAACAACCCAAUCUUUAUUUUUAUCAACUCAUUGCUUAACUAUAAAUUAGGAUAAUGAAAAUAUUGGAAAUAAAAUUAGAAUUUAAACUUCAAUGACCCCAUCAAUGGUGGUAAAACGCUGUUCACUGAGAGCGGUAAUUGGGGAAGCCAACCGGGUUGGGAGCGAUGAGCCACCAAUAGCUCACUUUUUUUGUUAAUUUAAUUGCCAUUAAAGUACAGCAGUGGGUCUGGGAAUUUUUUAAUAAAGGGUUCCGAACUUGUGCUCACCGUUGAAAGUAUGUUACAAUUGUUUACAACUCAUAGUUUUCACCAAUCCUGGCCAUCAUUCUCUCUUAUUUAGUUACAUUUAUAUAAACUACGUAGAUUCCUAUCUGCGAUCCUUAAGUGGUGGUAAUUUCAGUUUUAUUGAAAGCACCUUCAAUAACAAGACUUUUCUGGUCUGAAGGAUGCGCAGGUCCACCUUCCAGAAGACGUCUUUCGGUUCUCGGGUCUAUGUUCUCCGAAUCUUACUUUAGCCAUAAGUUUUUGUACUUCGGUCUGUAAUGAAAAACUAAAAAAGUCGACAAGACUGCAUCCGUUAUAAUACUUCAUCUUGACCAUUAAUUAUAAAUUAAGCACACAUGAAAUAUAAGUGAUGUACCAUUUGGUAACAUUAUUUAGUCAUAGCAAGAUUAUUCUUUCUUACUCAUACAUGUAGUGGUGCAAGUAAGUUCGUAAAUGUAGUGCAAAAUAUGAUGCGCUUGGUAUUUCCAAGAGGAUCUGUUUUGCUAUUAUCCGACAUUUCCUUAUUUCUAUUGUUAAGUUUGUAGUUUUUUUGACAAAUUCGAAGAUAAUUUCCAUUAAUUUCGAGACAUUAAUAACAACAGGCUGAGAAGGCCUGACUAACGUGGAAACUGUCCAUUGUAAACUUCCGCAUCACCCUUCGUCAAUGUGACCACUGUAUCGUUAACUGCUGAAGAGGAACUGUCGUCCCAGUACAGAAAUACCAUUCAAAAAAGACUAAAAGGUGCACUGUCGCCUAUUUUGAAAUUAAAAAAAAAAAGACGUCUUUGCAAAUUUUCAGAGCGUGAAGGGGGGCCGGGGCACUUGAUAAGCAAAUAGACGAGAUGCCACAAGGUUCUGUUUUCUUUCAUUCUCCCCGCCGGUGACGGUACUUUUCAGUUGUUGCUUCACCUACUUCGCCUGCAACUACUGGCGAACUUAAAAGCUGUUUUUAUAUACACAGUCUGUAGUCCGUGUUUUAUACUCACUCCGUAGUUUCUAGUCUGCAUGUUAUAGCUACAAUCAUCGUCAAAAGUGUUGGGAAGGUUGCCUUUUUUACCUGUUCUUUUCCUUCCUCCCCCCGCCCCUGGCCCAAUGUUGAUCAAAACGUUAAUCUUUGUGCGCCUAAUUGUUCUGUUAUAUCCCAGCAUUGAACAGGGGGGACGGGGGAUAUUUAGCGAUUAAAAGGAUUAAAAUGGACUACUGUUAAGUUGUACAAGACCUUCCCAACUACUUUUGUCUGUGAUUGUAGUCCGUGUUUUAUAAACAGUCCACAGUCCGUGGUCCGCAGUCUGCAGUCCGUGUUAUAUACUGACCUGUUCGAUUAGGUUCGAUUGAGUUCGAUAAAGUUCGAUUACCGAACAGUUUGAGUAGUUACGUCCGCAUUUGAGAGGCAAUGUCCCUAAAAGCGUUCCACUCGAUUUCAGACUCGAACACACUUUUGCCUUAUUUUUAUAUCAUCAAUACCACUAUCCAUCCUUAUAACUAAAUUGCAGUUAGAAUGAGGAAAUAGUUUAUUUUACUGCCAUUCUCAGCAUUUCAUCUCUAAACGAUCGUUACGGGCUAAAAUAUGCAAAUUUUAGACGCUGUUAUUCAGCUUUUUUAACGAUCGUUAAAAGCUACUACGGGCCGUUAAAACCUAGACCAUUUACACUCAUUUGGAAGUAUAUUGUUUCUACUUACUGUUUCAAUACGAUUUAGUCGUAUCUCUUUGUAAUCAGCAAAAACAGGUUAUCUUUAUUCUCGUAAUUCAAUUAAGUAAGAAAACUGCACCAAAAGAUUUGUAUUUGUAUUUGUAUUUAUUUAUUUGCCACAAGAUUACAAUUACAAAAAGAUGCCAAAAAAAAAAAAAAGAAGGAAGAAAAGGCGAGGAGGCCUAAAGGAAACUUUAAAGCUUAUGUUAAUUAGGCCUCUUCAAUUACAAUUUUUCAAAGAUGGCAUAAAAAUUAUGGCGACAGAUACAAAAUAAUAUAACGUGGAAAAUUAAAAUAACAAUCAAUAUACAAAUGUUGAAUAAUAAAAGGCUUUUGGAGUAUACUAAUAAUUAUUACAAAUAAAUGCCUUAAGUACUCUUUUAAAGGAAAAAGGUGAGGAAGCGUUGAUGAUGUUGGUGUUUAAGGUGUUGUAAAAUUUAGGUCCUUGAUAAAAAGUACGACAGAAAGGCAGACGAAAUUUCACGAGUUUUAUUGUAUUAUACGAAUGAAUUUGACUUUGUAAGGUAAAUUGACAAUGAAAUUUUAAAGGUAGAGUAUGGUUUUGAAAGGAGUACAUGAAUAAGCCUAGUUGUAUUAAGUAUAUAUCAUGAAAUUUUAAGAUACCAAGAUUUUGAAAGUUUGGAUCAGUAUAUGCAUCGAAGGUGGUUUUACCUAUAGUUCUGAUCACUCGUUUCUGUAAAAUCUCAAGACGAAUAAGGUUAGUUCUGUAAGUAGAGGCCCAAACUAACUUGCCGUAAAAAAGUAUGGAUAGACUAGAGAAAAAUAUAGUGUUCGUAAGGUUUUCGUAGAUAAAUAGAAACUGGAUUUACGAAUAAUUCCUGUGCAUUUAGAAACUGUAUUGGCGACAUGUGAGAUUUCAGAUUUCCAAUUUAAAUUUUCAUCCGUGAUUACUCCCAAGAAAACUGUUUUUCUAUUACCUGAUCAAUUUUUUGGCUAUUAAUUAAAAGAUCAAUAGUUUCAUUUGUACGCUUUUGAUAUGGUUUAAAUACAAUGAAUUUGGUUUUUUUCAAGUUUAAUGAAAGCCUGUUAGCUCUAAACCAUAUUGACAACUUAUUUAGCUCAGCGUUCAGUAUAUUAGUCAGGCAGUCUUUAUCCUUGUGAGACACAAAUAUGUUUGUAUCAUCGGCAAAUAAUAUCAAUUGUAAUAUUGUUGACGUGUUGAUUAUAUCGUUGAUGUAGAGCAGAAAAAACAAAGGCCCUAGUAUUGAACCUUAAGGAACGCCACACAUGAUAUUAGCACGAGACGAAACAUAACCAUUGUAUUCUACAAAUUGAAGUCUGUUGGAAAAAUAGCUCUUAAUCCAUUUCAGAGCCAAGCCGCGUAUACCAUAGUGUUCAAGUUUAUCAAAUAAGAUGGAAUGAUUGACUGUAUCGAAAGCUUUCGAGAGAUCUAAAAAGACACCAACCGCUAAUUCACCACGAUCAAUAGCAGAUGAAAUUUUUUCAUGCAAAUCAAUCAAGGCAAGCGUCGUAGAGUGGUUUUUCCUGAAGCCGGCAACGUAGCGUGGUUACCAAGCCGAUUUCAGCGGUCAUCGUACUUGUCGUGUUGGUUUUGGACGCGGUUUUCUACCAGCGUUGGACCGUUUAAUCGUGGAAACAAACUGCCGUUUGCCUUCGCUCGCAGGGACGCGAUUGCUUGGCUAGGGAGCGAAAAUGAAAGUUAAACCUUUGCAGUGGGAUUCUACGGUGGAAUUUUGGCCGUGGGGAAAUUUUGACCUGGAAUUUUUGGCUUCUUUCGGCGGGCUGUCCAUAUUGCCUGUGUUUGGCCUUGUCCUCUCUUUAUUAGUGAAAACUCGGGAUAAAGGAAAUCGCUUAAAUCGCAACGGAUCGGGAAAAUAACCACACAGGAAGCAAGAAGACACCAAGUAAACAAGGCAAAGCGUAUUUUAUUGAAAAUCCAUGAGAGUAUUUAUCUUCUCGAAUCUAUUACCUGAAUUCCCAUUGAAAUCCUUUACAAUGACGGUCAUUUUGAAAAUUACGCAACCGCAAGUACUCUCAUAUUGAGCUUGGGCCGCCUGUGAUUUCACACCGACAGCGGGCCGGCUCAUCCUGGCAAGACGUUGACCAUGGUACCAUGGUUUUUCAACGCCGACCAUGUUUGAACAUGGUCGGCCAUGGUUCGACCGUGGUGUGUGACCAUGGUGUGUUAUCAACCCUUGACCAUGGUAUAUUGCUAAUCAUAAUGGUAACAAAGUUAAGUCAGUGAAAGCACAUAACAGCACAUAAUAAUUCUAUUUUUUCGAAUUAGAAAUGCAUUGAGUUAAGGCCACGCCAAACCAUGGUCGACCAUCUCCAAUCCUUAGUCCCACACAAUUACAGUCGAACCCGACUAAUACGGACAUCGAAGGGACAGAGCGAAGGGUCCGUAUUAGAGAGGUUUCCGUAUAAAAGAGGUCACUAUGAUGACGUCACUUUAAUGACUCCACUUCCAGGUUUAAGCGUUCAGUAGCUAAAACCAGGCUCACACUCGUCUUUAAACUAGCUGCAUUUAAAGUUGUUAAUUCACAGUACAAAGACACUGUCUUUUAGUAGUAUACAGCAUUGUACAUCUCAGCUAUAGACAAAUCACUGUUUUAAAGCGAAACAAGCUACAGCGCAAAGCUGCAUGUACGAAGUUGUAACGUAAAGCACAAUUCUGAAAGCGUCUUUCGCUAUUUUGCAAGUGCAGUAAACAGUAACUAGAGUACAAAAUGUAAUAGAAAAGAUAUUUAUGCUAUCUGUGGUUGUUGAAGCCUUCAAAAAGUCGGUUAUGCUCCUCUGUACACCUUUCGCAAAUCGUUGUUUCACAGCGACUGGCCUUUAUAUGACCUUGCAUAGCUCAUCAGACUAGUCGUGAUUUUCCCUGAGCAGAUUCACCUGAUCGGGAUUCGGGAUUCACCUGAUCACCGCAGUGUCAGUAAUAAAAAGGUUAAGUUUAUAUGAAUUUGCUCUCUGGGGCCGAGAUUUUGUGUCCGUUCAGUCCGUAUUAGAGAGAGUCCGUAUCAUAGAGGUUUUUUUAAUGAAAAUAUAUGGGAAUUUUGUCGGGACAUUGGAAACUGUCCGUAAUAGAGGUGUCCGUAUUAGAGAGGUUCGACUUUACUGCAAUUCAGUUCUUGUUGAUUUUUUUUAGUUUUAUUUUCCUUUAAUUAUUUUUAGGUAUAGGCCAAACACAAUCCAUUGAUAACAUUUUCAAAGAAUUUUUUCCAUUUUUCUCAAAAAGAUUUGUAUUUGUAUUUGUAUUUAUUUAUUUGCCACAAGAUUACAAUUACAAAAAGAUGCCAAAAAAAAAAAAAAAAUGUAGGAAGAAAUGGCGAGGAGGCCUAAAGGAAACUUUAAAGCUUAUGUUAAUUAGGCCUCUUCAAUUACAAUUUUUCAAAGAUGGCAUAAAAAUUAUGGCGACAGAUACAAAAUAAUAUAACGUGGAAAAUUAAAAUAACAAUCAAUAUACAAAUGUUGAAUAAUAAAAGGCUUUUGGAGUAUACUAAUAAUUAUUACAAAUAAAUGCCUUAAGUACUCUUUUAAAGGAAAAAGGUGAGGAAGCGUUGAUGAUGUUGGUGUUUAAGGUGUUGUAAAAUUUAGGUCCUUGAUAAAAAGUACGACAGAAAGGCAGACGAAAUUUCACGAGUUUUAUUGUAUUAUACGAAUGAAUUUGACUUUGUAAGGUAAAUUGACAAUGAAAUUUUAAAGGUAGAGUAUGGUUUUGAAAGGAGUACAUGAAUAAGCCUAGUUGUAUUAAGUAUAUAUCAUGAAAUUUUAAGAUACCAAGAUUUUGAAAGUUUGGAUCAGUAUAUGCAUCGAAGGUGGUUUUACCUAUAGUUCUGAUCACUCGUUUCUGUAAAAUCUCAAGACGAAUAAGGUUAGUUCUGUAAGUAGAGGCCCAAACUAACUUGCCGUAAAAAAGUAUGGAUAGACUAGAGAAAAAUAUAGUGUUCGUAAGGUUUUCGUAGAUAAAUAGAAACUGGAUUUACGAAUAAUUCCUGUGCAUUUAGAAACUGUAUUGGCGACAUGUGAGAUUUCAGAUUUCCAAUUUAAAUUUUCAUCCGUGAUUACUCCCAAGAAAACUGUUUUUCUAUUACCUGAUCAAUUUUUUGGCUAUUAAUUAAAAGAUCAAUAGUUUCAUUUGUACGCUUUUGAUAUGGUUUAAAUACAAUGAAUUUGGUUUUUUUCAAGUUUAAUGAAAGCCUGUUAUCUCUAAACCAUAUUGACAACUUAUUUAGCUCAGCGUUCAGUAUAUUAGUCAGGCAGUCUUUAUCCUUGUGAGACACAAAUAUGUUUGUAUCAUCGGCAAAUAAUAUCAAUUGUAAUAUUGUUGACGUGUUGAUUAUAUCGUUGAUGUAGAGCAGAAAAAACAAAGGCCCUAGUAUUGAACCUUAAGGAACGCCACACAUGAUAUUAGCACGAGACGAAACAUAACCAUUGUAUUCUACAAAUUGAAGUCUGUUGGAAAAAUAGCUCUUAAUCCAUUUCAGAGCCAAGCCGCGUAUACCAUAGUGUUCAAGUUUAUCAAAUAAGAUGGAAUGAUUGACUGUAUCGAAAGCUUUCGAGAGAUCUAAAAAGACACCAACCGCUAAUUCACCACGAUCAAUAGCAGAUGAAAUUUUUUCAUGCAAAUCAAUCAAGGCAAGCGUCGUAGAGUGGUUUUUCCUGAAGCCGGCAACGUAGCGUGGUUACCAAGCCGAUUUCAGCGGUCAUCGUACUUGUCGUGUUGGUUUUGGACGCGGUUUUCUACCAGCGUUGGACCGUUUAAUCGUGGAAACAAACUGCCGUUUGCCUUCGCUCGCAGGGACGCGAUUGCUUGGCUAGGGAGCGAAAAUGAAAGUUAAACCUUUGCAGUGGGAUUCUACGGUGGAAUUUUGGCCGUGGGGAAAUUUUGACCUGGAAUUUUUGGCUUCUUUCGGCGGGCUGUCCAUAUUGCCUGUGUUUGGCCUUGUCCUCUCUUUAUUAGUGAAAACUCGGGAUAAAGGAAAUCGCUUAAAUCGCAACGGAUCGGGAAAAUAACCACACAGGAAGCAAGAAGACACCUAGUAAACAAGGCAAAGCGUAUUUUAUUGAAAAUCCAUGAGAGUAUUUAUCUUCUCGAAUCUAUUACCUGAAUUCCCAUUGAAAUCCUUUACAAUGACGGUCAUUUUGAAAAUUACGCAACCGCAAGUACUCUCAUAUUGAGCUUGGGCCGCCUGUGAUUUCACACCGACAGCGGGCCGGCUCAUCCUGGCAAGACGUUGACCAUGGUACCAUGGUUUUUCAACGCCGACCAUGUUUGAACAUGGUCGGCCAUGGUUCGACCGUGGUGUGUGACCAUGGUGUGUUAUCAACCCUUGACCAUGGUAUAUUGCUAAUCAUAAUGGUAACAAAGUUAAGUCAGUGAAAGCACAUAACAGCACAUAAUAAUUCUAUUUUUUCGAAUUAGAAAUGCAUUGAGUUAAGGCCACGCCAAACCAUGGUCGACCAUCUCCAAUCCUUAGUCCCACACAAUUACAGUCGAACCCGACUAAUACGGACAUCGAAGGGACAGAGCGAAGGGUCCGUAUUAGAGAGGUUUCCGUAUAAAAGAGGUCACUAUGAUGACGUCACUUUAAUGACUCCACUUCCAGGUUUAAGCGUUCAGUAGCUAAAACCAGGCUCACACUCGUCUUUAAACUAGCUGCAUUUAAAGUUGUUAAUUCACAGUACAAAGACACUGUCUUUUAGUAGUAUACAGCAUUGUACAUCUCAGCUAUAGACAAAUCACUGUUUUAAAGCGAAACAAGCUACAGCGCAAAGCUGCAUGUACGAAGUUGUAACGUAAAGCACAAUUCUGAAAGCGUCUUUCGCUAUUUUGCAAGUGCAGUAAACAGUAACUAGAGUACAAAAUGUAAUAGAAAAGAUAUUUAUGCUAUCUGUGGUUGUUGAAGCCUUCAAAAAGUCGGUUAUGCUCCUCUGUACACCUUUCGCAAAUCGUUGUUUCACAGCGACUGGCCUUUAUAUGACCUUGCAUAGCUCAUCAGACUAGUCGUGAUUUUCCCUGAGCAGAUUCACCUGAUCGGGAUUCGGGAUUCACCUGAUCACCGCAGUGUCAGUAAUAAAAAGGUUAAGUUUAUAUGAAUUUGCUCUCUGGGGCCGAGAUUUUGUGUCCGUUCAGUCCGUAUUAGAGAGAGUCCGUAUCAUAGAGGUUUUUUUAAUGAAAAUAUAUGGGAAUUUUGUCGGGACAUUGGAAACUGUCCGUAAUAGAGGUGUCCGUAUUAGAGAGGUUCGACUUUACUGCAAUUCAGUUCUUGUUGAUUUUUUUUAGUUUUAUUUUCCUUUAAUUAUUUUUAGGUAUAGGCCAAACACAAUCCAUUGAUAACAUUUUCAAAGAAUUUUUUCCAUUUUUCUCGAGCCAUGGUAACUUUUGUACGACCAUGUCCGAAUCCUCGCUAGUGGAAUUAAUGCAAUCGGUGGGAAUGGUACACGAAUGCCUUAAUGCCUUUUUUAUAUAUCCAAUGGAUUGAACGAGGCACAGGGAGACGCAAGUUUCGUGUCACAACCCGAGGUCGAACAAAGUAUUUUGUUGGAGAGUGGCUUAGCAAGGUCGAUUGUAUCUCGAGUCAUAAGAACGUUGCAUUUUGCUAGCUGUAUUGUGGCCGGAAAGAAACAAUGCGUUAACAUAAUUAAGAAAAAAAUUACCUGAUCAAUAUUUGAGACUGUGAUUAUUCUUCUUGCUUGUGUAUCAGUCACCAUACUAUGCUUGAUUAAGCGUAUUUUCUCAACUCCUGCAGCUCGAUCCGAAUUUGAUCGGCGAAUUUGUUUGACUCGCGACGACCGCACAAAAGCAGGGCACAGAAGCAUGGCUCGGUCAAUUCCAAGCGUGUACAUCCCCCUUCGGUUAUUUGUCGGGCAUUUGUCAUUUUGUUUUGGAAAAGCUACAAAUGCCCCACGGUGGGGCCGGGCGUUCAUAUACCAAAACCCCACGAUGGGAAUUAAAAAUAGGGUGCAAAUGGCCCACCCGGGACAACACCAAAAUUACAGUUUCCAGUAAAUAAGCUGCAAAUAUCAUAUUUAUAGGAAAUCUGUAAUAAUCUGAUCAAACUAGCGCGUGAGGCACCUUACGCAAAUCGCUCCUUGUUACUAGUUCAGUAAUAAUUGCAAUUAUUGCGCUUGGAAGUAGUGGGUGAAAGAGAGAAGGGACGCGCGCGAGGGAGACACGCGAGACAUACUCAUGGACGAGUGCCAGUCGGGUUACUUGCACAAAUUUACAAGGGACACCAUGGUCAUUCGAGCCAGAAAGGUUGGGGAAAAGAUUAAAAGCUAGGCAAAUAGACCAUAAGUACGUGAACUUUGUUGUAUCUGCUUGCGUAAACCGUCGUGGUAUUUUGUGUCCGCAAUUGUGUAAUUUUGUUUUUAAAAUUUGUGUCGCGGGCCGUGUUUACGGGACCAGCAAGAGCAUGAAAUUGGCAACGUCUAGUCUCCAGAAUAGGAGGUUCGAUUCAGAAGUCACACACGUUUAUAUUCCAUAUCUUCUUCGCUAAUUAAAUCGACCGUACUUGUCAUCAAUCCCUUCGAGUUUGGGGUUCUGUUUAUUUCUCAAUUCUCCACUAAAUUCAGUACAGCUUGUUUGAUUGAUUUUCUACAACGAUCGGUCCUUUGAACCCAAAAUAAUAAUGCGAAAUAGCUUUGAUAUACGCGCUUAAGCUAUUUUUUUCAAACAGCGUCUAUGGCAGAGAAAAAUGGUUUUAAAAAAAACAAACUCACUUCGCCAAAAACUGAGUGUCAUAAUAGUGCAGUGGUCAAGGAUUUGCUUGCACGUGCAGAUGAACGAGGUUCUACUCGCGACGAAGCUGUUUUCUGUUUCUUUGUUGUACAAUAUUUUAUUCUGUGAGGGAAAUUUAAUUAGUUUGUUGAGCCAAAAUAUGCACGUAUUCCAGAUGGUAUGCAAACAAUGAAAUCUAAGGCUAAGACUAAAACAAAUAGCUAUAUGCCUUUGCCAAAUUAUCAGGACUAACAUACCAGAUUGAAAUUUACCAAAAUUACGCAUUAAAAUUGUCAACUGAACAUAAGAUCCUGCCAUGGUCCUGACUGCGAUUACGGUAAUACAAAGUUUAACCCUUACAAUACAGAAUCUUAGUAGUUGGACUGGUUUUCCACAAAUUAGCAUAGAAUCGAAAUGGAAUGGGAAAUGGGAAAUUUUUUGGGAUGUAAACGAAUCAAUCUCGUUUUUGUUUUUUAGUACCUGUUAUGCGCUUGAGCCAAAACUUUUUCCUUUUUCGGCAAAUCUAUUUCGAUCCUUCUUUCUUGUUCUCUUUCUUAGUUUUGUUGCCCAUUUUAUCGUCAUUCUUUCCUACGGAAUUUCGGCUGGCUAACUUCCCAGGAGGACGAAAGUUUUAUCUGGAAAGAGUAGUAGGUGAAUGCUGAAAUUGACAGUGGAUUUUCAGUUCCCCAAAAUGUUAGUCUGCCGCCGGGGAUUAGUGAGAAUCUGUCCUUCCUGAACCCGUAAAUUGCCAACUGAAUCACAUGAAUUAAAAUGAAAACAAACUCGGAUCAAUUUUGUGAAAUAUUGUUUGCUGAAGCCAAGAAAGUGUCACUUGACAUUGUUUCAGUAAACAAAAAGAAAAAAAACUAAUUUGUUUCCACUUUCAACCAUAGUUAUUAGAGGAGACUGGUUAUGAAAAGCGGCAAACAUCAAUGAUAAAAACAACAGUGCUGCAGUUAAUGUUGGAAGCACCCUGAAAGUGCACAAUCCUUUGUUUUCUGUUGGCAAAUUGUUGCGGAAUAAAUUAAUGCAACGUUUUUAUUGGUCAAUACAAUCAAAAUGAGAGGAAUUCUUUUGAACGUUGUGGACUUUCAGGUCCACAAAAACAUAUAACAAAGGAGUCUGACGGGUUUCAUAACCAUUCCACUCAAUUAACUAUGUUUCAACAUACUAUUAAAUUUAUAUAGCGAUUCACAAAACUAGUUUUGUCAAACGACCUCUUCAGUUGAUCGCCACAGUAUUCAAAAUAACAGACACUCUACCUAGCAAUGCAUGAAAAAUGACCCCUAGUAAUAAUGAGGCUAUUGGGCUACAACAGUCCUUUUGGAUGCGGACGUAGUUCCAUUCACUUUUUUUUCACCCUAAAUGACCCGAUCCUUUGUCAAGGGAUUAAAUUAAUACCACGGCUUUCUUUAUGGGGAGAAAUGCCUUUUACAAAAGUGUGUGUAACCUCACCUUAUGACCUGUUUAUUGUUUAUUAUCAUUUUGCCACCCAAACAAACAUAUACGUAGAAAGUUUAAAAGAAGAGGAGGCAAGGGAACCCAAGAAAGCCAAGAAAGCCAAGAAAGCCAAGAAACCCAAGAAUAAGGCUGGAGAAUAGGACUCCUUAAGGGAGCCAGAUAGCCUGUGCCAGGCUCUCAGAUAGUAUAGUGGGAACGUUUUAAAACGAGCAAAACGAAAAUAAGACGCGCAUGACUUGGGAAAGGGGGCGGUGGCGGCGGGAAAAAUGUCCCCAGCCCCCGCGCUUAUUACUGAACGACUUUCCACCACCAUCUCGGAGCCUGGAACAGGCUAGGGGCAAGACGUCGAAUUUAUCAUGAGACGACCUAAAUUACGAUUUGGGUAGACAUUAAGUUCGAUUUAAGUGAACGAUUAUACUACCUAAUUGGUAGUUAAUUUCGCGUUUUUGGCGAUUGUAAAAAAAUCCCGAAAUUAAAGACCCGCGAAUAUAAAUCAGCGCGUAAUGUUAAAACCCAUGUAGAAAAUUCAAAACACGCCAAAAAAUAUAUAUAUUAACAAUUUACCAACAAAAUAUACAUUAUGUUCAACAAACACACAAAUUGUUGAUUGGUUUUACUGGUAAUGAAAAGUUUUAUUUUGUAUCUUCAUUUGUGAAAUAGCGUUAAUUGCAAAGAUUUCACACAUUGCAUGUUCCAGUUUAUCUAGAAAUUUUAAGAAGUUCAGACUUUUUGAAAAAUAAAAUCAAUUUGAGAAUGCUUGAACCGCAAAACUUAAUGGCCUUUUUUUUUUUUUUUCGUAUUUGCCUGUUGAAAUCGCGAAAAUAAAACCCUGCGAAAAACUAUCUUGCCAAAUUCGUGAAAUUAAGUAUUUCUUUUUUUUUUUUUACUGUCACUUUUUCAUGAAUUUUUGCGGCGUAAGUAUUUCGAGCACUCGUGAAUUUUAUGCUUUCGUUUUCCUAUCCAGAUUGUUCCAGUUAUCACUUUGAAAAAUACCAAGAUUUACCAACCAGAGGAACUCACGCCGUGGAACACUUCAACAUCAAUGGAAGUUUGUUUCUCGCAUUCGCCAACUUUAAAAGUGACACCGCCGAAAAAUUUAACACAGACUCUUUCAUCUACAAGUUCAACGAUUCGACUAGAAAAUUCUUCCUUUAUCAAACCAUUGGUACAAAUGGAGGGCUUGACGUGAAAUAUUUUACAAUUUCUGGCGAACAUUACCUUGCUUUUGCUAAUUCCUUCAAUGGAACUACAAGCAGAAUGAACUCAGUUAUUUAUCGUUGGAAUGGAACAUUGUUCGUUGCAUUUCAAAACAUUGCAACGAACGGAGGAGACAGCUUUGAUUUUUUUGAAAUAGCAAAAAAACCCUUCCUUGCCAUAUCCAAUGUCUACAAUGUCUACAGUGGCUUUACACUUAGGGAAAAAUCAAGCAUCUACGAGUGGAGAACACACAGAUUUGCAAAGUUUCAGGAGAUAGAAACAAAUGGAGGUCGUGAAAGUGCUGCUUUUGUAAUUAAUAAUGAAAGCUACAUUGCUUUUGCAAACGCCGCCGCGCAUUCAGUCAUUUAUAAGUGGUCAGGGAAAAGAUUCUUUCACCUGCAAAAUCUUCCUAAAGCGGUGGAUUUAAAAUCAUUUUACGUUAAUGAUCACGCCUUUCUUGCCCUUGCAUCUUCUGUAGUGAAUGCGGACUCAUCUAUUUACAAGUGGAAUGGCAACCAGUUUGUGUUAUUUCAGUCUAUUCCUGCUCGUAGAGCGAGGGGCUUUCAUCCAUUUGUCAUGUGUGGUCAAACGUUUCUGGCUGUGGCUGAUCGGCACAACACGAAUUCCGCACUGUAUCGGUUCUCUCAGGGCAAGUUCACCAAAUAUCAGGAAAUUUCAACCGUUGGGGCGAUUGAAAUGACGUCAUUUGAAUAUAGGGGUCAUACUUACCUGGCUGUUGCUAAUUCAGGAAAUAAUAACCAAAUGAACAUUAAAAGUACGGUGUACAAGUGGAUCUAA